AUGGGCAACACUGUGUCUGCGGGGCUGAGCCCAGCGCUCCCGGCCGGGGAGCUGAGCCAGCUGUCUUCCCAGAGCCCGACUUCCCCCCUUACAGAUGAGCAGCGGAGCCACAUGGAAGACUACCCGUUUCUGCAUGCGGUGGGGUGUAUAUCCACCUCGCGGGUCAGCAGCAGCCUCCUGUGCGUCUCAGUCACAGACGGACUGACAUUUUGCAAACUCUUUAUCAACAAGAAUGCCGCGGGAACCAAAGGGCCCCCCCUUGAGCUGCGCCGCUUCCAGGCCCAGAAGCUCCUCCACAAGGCUGUCUUCACUUUUGACUUAUACCCAAACAUCUGCCCGGACGAGCGGCUGCUGCUGGCGGAGCGCUCGGCGCUGCUGCUGCGGCGGUACUUCAGCAGCACGGUGUGGGGCCGGCUGCACGUGCGGCCUGCGGCGUCUUGCGUGCAGCUGCUGUUCAUGUGCUUCCAGCUGCUGGCUGCAGUGGCGCAGCUGCACAGCCUGGCCUUUGCCCACUGCGACCUCAAGACUGAAAACUUGGGCCUCACCUCCAGCCUCCACCUCUUCCUCACUGACGCCGCUCCCUGGAAAGAUGUUGUUUUGCGCCUGAGAGACAUGCGCGUCUACAGCCUCCUCUUCGAGUCUGCCAAGCGCUCCCGCUGCUACCUCGCGCCCGAGCGGUUUGUGGACAACGAAGAACCCCAGGAGCCUUUUCCCGAAGGCAUUCAGGAGCUGCAGGCUGCAGAAAUGUUUUCGGUGAACUGCACUUUGGCGGAGAUUCUGUUGGAGGGCGCAGACGUCAUAGAUUUGCUGCACCUGCUUGAUCUGAGAAACUGGCUCAACGCAGCCAAGCAGCAGCAGAAGCAGCAGCAACAGCAACAGGGACAGCAGCUGAAAGAAGAUGAAUCUGCAGGCGCAGAAGAGAAAAGCAAAGCUGCGGCUCCAGCAGGCAGCAGCAGUGGCACCGCUCGCCGCCCCCGCAACUCAGCAGCAGCAGCAGCUGCUGCUGCUGCUGCCGCAAUGCAGGAGGAAAUGCGUGCUUCUCUUCCUGGGCUUCCUGCUGCCCCGUCGUCUUCGCCGCCUCCCGCUGCUCUGCUGCAUGCACUGGAGGGGCUGACCUGCCGCAAAGUGCGGCUGCUGCUGCUGCACGGAGGUCUGCUGCAGCUGCCGGAGCGUCGGCUGUCGGCGCAGCAGACGCUGCUGCUGUGGCUGCGCUAUGUCUUUCCUCCUUGUUUCAGCAACUACUUCUUGUGCCUCUUUACUGUGCUGCUGCACCCGGCGUACCAGCAGCCCGACCUUCGCAUUUUGCUGCUAAAAGAGCACCUCCCUGAUCUCUUUUUGGCGCUGCUGGAGCAGCGACCCCAGCAGCAGCAAGAGCAGCAACAGCAGGCUCUGCUCCAGCAGCAGCAGCAGGAGAGUGAUGCCAAAGAGCAGCUGCUUCUGCAGCUGCUGAGAGAAGCCGCGACCAGGGAGACGCUGGAGAUUGACGGCUGCACUGCCCACCAAACUGUGCUGAACAUGGCCGUCACGAUGCCACAGGAGUGCCCUGCUGCUGCUGCGCUGCUGCAUGCGUGGAGCGCGGGGGGCGCUGAGGCAGCAGAUGCAGCAGCAGCUGCGGCAGCAGCAGCUGCUGCUGCUGCAUCUCCCUUGGGGGGCCAGCGUGACCUGCGCGCAGCGUCUGCUGCAGCAGGAACAGCAACACCGCCGAGCGUAGGCGGGGUUACAGCUGAGGAGAGGUUUCUCGCUGCAGAAGUAGCACAAGAGGCGGCAGCGGCUGCUGCACUCAGCGGCAGCCUCCCUCACCCCGUUUUGAGCCCCCGGAAUGCCCGCCAGUUUGGCCGGAGCCUUAUGGGUCUUUGGGCCCAAAGUUACGAGGCUACAGUGGUUUUAAAGCGCCCCGCAGUGGCAGUCCUCGAGGAGCUUGAGGUGCAGAAGGUGCGCCUGUACGACGACCUGUUCAGGCAGCGCGGCGAAGACAGUCACAGCGCCGCCCCUGCUGACGCUGCUGCUGCUGCUGCUGCUGCUGCUGGGACUGGAGGGGCGGGGGCCGCGGGCGUUGGAACUGGAGGAGACAGCAGCGGAUCCGCUCCGGUGUAUCCGCAGUGGGAGAGUGUGUGCGAGCUGCUGGGUCCGCCUGAGCUGCCUGCGCAUGUCUUCGGGUCUGCAGCAGCAGCAGCAGCAGCAGCAGCAGCUAGCAGCGACGUGGGCCUCCCGUUUGUGGUGGUCUCGCCUUCUAAUGUGGAGUCAGCACAGCGCUCUUGUGCAGGCUGCCUGCGCAGCAGCUGCUGUAUUCUUGCCUCUGAGGUGGUGGGGCUGGCACUGCAGCAAACGAGCAGCCCUCGUGUAAGGGCAUGCGGCGUCUCCAUGUUGGGAUUUUUUUCGCGGAUUGCCACAAUAGAAGUCCUGCUAGACUCCAUCUUACCCUUCCUGACUCACCAUUUGGGGGAUCCGCUCCCAGUUGUCCGCACUGCUGCUGUCAGGGCCCUCGCUGCAGCGCUGCUGCAGCUGAAUGCAGCGCUGCAGCACAAAGCGCAGUGCUCCAAGCUGGCCUCACAGGGGCCCCUCUGCGCCUUUUGCGGUACAUCCUGCGCAAGUGAGGUGCCCAGCAGCAGCGCAACAACUGCAGCGACGGGGGCCCCGAAGGCAGGCGGUUCAGUGCGUCGCUCCGGCAAAGGGGCAUCGCUUCAGCAGCAGCAAUACCCGGUGCUGCUGCGGAGCACUGCAGCAGAGGAAAGCCCGCAGGCCGAUGCUGCUGCACUCUUCUGCGGCUACAUUCUUCCUGCAGUGCACCGCUUAAGUGCUGCAGAUCCAGAGCCGGCUGUCCGCGUGGCUGUUGCGGAGCUGCUGCCGCUGAUGCUUCUUUCAGUGAAGGCCUGUCUUCACGCACAGGCUCUUCUAGGCGCCCGCAGAGAGCAGCAGAAGCAGCAGAAGCAGCAGCAGCAGCAAAAUGAGUUAUCGCCUUCCGUGCAUGCAGGAAAGGCCACAGCGCUUCGCAGGGCCUCGGACUCCGCAGCAGCAGCUCAGGAAAGCGCCAAAAAGAGCAGCAGCACCGCUGCAGCCCCAGCGCAUAUUACACUGCCUGUAGCGGUGGGGCCAAAAGAUGUGCUUGAGAGGCAAGCCAACUUUAUUGACGAUACUGGGGAAAGCAAAGGUGCUGCUGCUGCAGCAAGGCCUUCCGAGGCAUCAUUUGAAGCUGCUACGGGAGCAAGCGGGGUGGCCGUCAGCAGCAGCAGCAGCUCUCAGCAGAUGCAUGGAGCAGCAGCUGCUGAUGACCGAGCUGCUGCUGAGGAAGUUGCUGCUGCUGGACUUGACACCUCAGGGUCGCCUUCUUUGGGGGUUCCCAUUAGUUCAAAAGUAACACUGGCUGAAGCAGCAGCAGAUAUCUCUCCUGCCAGCAGCUGCCCGGGGCCUGAGCGCACAGCAGCAGCAGCUGCAACUGAAGCAGAGGGCCUGUCAACAUCAGCAAAAGAAAAGCUGGCAGAGGCCAUCAGCAAAUUCCACGCCGCAGUGCUGCCGACGGUGCAGCAGCAGCUGACCUGCCGCCCCCUGGAGCAGCGGCUGGCGCUGCUGCGGCCGCUGCCGCUGCUGACAGCUGUGCUGGGGCCGCAGCAGACACACAGCUUCCUGCUGCCGUACCUCAUUGUGCAGCUAAAUGACCCCUGCCCUGGGGUUCGUGCUGCAGUGGUUCGUUCGCUGGGGGGCCUGGGGGCCCUUGCGCUUCCCGCAACAGCUGAGAGCUGCAUCAUUCCCUGCUGCGAACAGUGUCUCCUUGACCAGCAGGAGGAAGUGGUUGCUGCUGCUGCUGCUGCUCUUUCGCAGCUCGCAGCAGACGGCCUCCUCAGCCCCGCCUCUAAGGCCACCUACAGCCUCUUGUCUCGAAGAGUGGUUCCGCUGCUGCUCUUCCCCUCGCUGCUGCUGAGGGGUGUGCUGCUGCGCCUUCUUGCUGCAGUUCAGGACAGUUGGGGCCCUGUGCAGACAUAUGCCCUGCUGCUGCCACUGCUGCGUCCCGUGCUGCGGCGCCAUUCCCGGUUGCUGAGCGUGGACGAAGUUGCAGCAGCUCUGCGGUCUCCGCUCUCUCGGCAGCAGCUGCUGCGCCUGCUGCAGCAGCAACCCGAAAACAGGGCAAGUGAGCGGCUGCUAUCGAUUCUCUUCUCUCCGACGACUCUCGCGGCCGCAGAAAGGGCUCGGAGAGGGCAGAAGCACCGAAAGGAACAUUCGGGAGCUGCAAGCAGCAGCAGCAGCAGUGGCAGCCUCAGCAGCAGCAGCAGCAGCGACAGCAGCAGCAGCGAGAGCACAAGCAGCAGCGACAGCAGUGAUGAGCCAAGCGCCCCCUUUCUGCAAGAAGCUGCUGCAGACAAACGGCUAGCUGCAGGGGCCCUGAUAGUGCGGGGCAUGAGGCGCGGCUUGGGGCCUUGGAAAAUGGUAAUAUUGGAAGUGGAGAAGCGCGCAGCUGCUUCUAGUGCUGCUGCUGCUUCGUCUUCGCCGUUCGGCGCGCCUCUUCUUCAGAUUCAAGUGGAGAAGCAGGCUGCGCAGGAGCAGCAGCAGCAGCAGCCGCAGCAGGGGGAGGCAGCAGCGGCAGUGGAAGACCUGGUAAAGUUUUUGCGUGGGGCUGGGCCUGCAGACCGCCACGCGCUGCUGCUGCUGCUGCCGACGCUGCAUGCGCGGCGUCAGGCAGCAGCAGCCAACGCUGCAGGCCUAAGUGCGAAAGGAGAGGGGUCGACUGCAGCAGCGGAUUGUCCCCUAGGCUCCUCCCUCGACACUUUAGGACUUGCUGAGGAGGCGCCAGAGGGGUCUCUGCUGCUGCAGUCUCUUCCUGGGCAGGCCAGGCGGCCUCCUUGCUGCACAGUGGGGGCUAGGCAAACGGCAGUCCUCCUGAAGUACAUGCUCCCGCAGGGGCCCUCUUCGCGCCAAGUGCUGACAGCCACGCGGCUGUCUCCUGUACCCCCCAUUGCCCCCCCUCUGACCCGCAUUUCUUUGUGGGGUCUUUUCGCGGAGACCCUUUUGCCCCACGUGGCUCGCCUGGUGAUGCAUCACCAGAUGCUGCUGCUGCACGGCUGCCUGUGGCCAGACGAGCCGCCCGUUGCUGCUGCGGGCAACAGCAGUAGCAGUGGAAACAACAGUGCUGAAAACGACAGCGGCAGUGACAGCUCCACAGACAAAGCCGAGGCCUCGCUUCAGGCAACGGAGCAGCAGCAGCAACAGCAGCAGCAGCAGCAGCAGCAGCAGCAGCAGCAGCAGCAGCGAUCUUUAGCACAUGCUCUUCUGGACGUGUGCCCGCCCGAAGUCUCUGACGCUGCAGCAAAAGCUGCAAUGACUGCAGCAACUGCAGCUGCCACAGCCGUUGCGGGCGCAGUGGGGAGACACUUGUGGAUAUACCCCCCGCAGCCGUCGUUGCUGCAGGCUCUUCUUGGCCUCUCAACUCACCGCAAGGAUAAUGCUUCCCAGUCGGUGCAGGUCAGCUGCGGCUCCGCUGUAGUCACCAGCAGCUACUUGUCUCUCCUCCUUGCUGCUGCAGCGCCUGCUGCUACAGUUGCAGCCCUGAACUCGCAGACGAAAAUGCCCGUCGCCGCGGCUGCAUCCUUGCAGCGGCUGCUGCAGCGAGCGCCGGCGAAACUGCAGGAGCGUUGCCGCGGGCUGUGCCUGCCUGAAGCAGCAGCAGCAACAGCGGCCGCAGCUGCAGCAGCGAGAAAGCUUGCUGAGCGGGCCCUCGGGGGCGGGAAGCGACACAUAAUGACUGUCUCCAGGCUGUCUCCACACAGAAGCAGCGCAGCCCCGGGGGUCCCUGCCCCGCUGCAGCGGGACUGGCGUUGUGUGCUGCUGGGCCUUCCGCGGCGGCCCUCUCUUGAAGUGGGGAGGCUGCAAAGACAAGACGAGAGUCACUUCAGUCUUUACCCUUACCAGCUGCGAGUGUCUGAUUCUCUGGAUGCAUUCUUUGCUGCCGAAAGGAGACUGACAGCACUUGCCCGCAGGCUGUUCGCGUGGGCCCCUCCGUUGGGUAGUUCCAGAGCACAGCAGCUGAGCAGCAGCAGCAGCAGCAGCGGGCUGGCUCUGCCCGCAGCCACGGCAGCCCUGGGCCGCCCCUCACAAAAUAUCAGCACAGUUGUAGGGGGAGUCACUGACAGCCUCUCUCAGUUGUCGGGGGACCCCAGCCAGCAAGGAGGCCUCGGCACAAUUAAGGGCCCCACCGCAGGCCGGCAUGAGGGUCUGCUGCAAGCAUCAGCUCGCAGCAGCAUGGAGGGCAAGGGUGCAGGGGCUGUUGCUGGGGGAGGCGUUGCGGGGCUGCCGGACUUGGCCUCCUGGAGGCCCCGGGGCCAGUGGGUGCGCAGCCUUACGGAGUAUGAGGGCUCUUGUUCUAGAGGCGUUGGCCUCCUCAGCCUCGCUGCAACAGAUGACGGGAGAGUUCUCGCGGCCGUCCCUGUGGGCCUCAAGGGAGGGGCCAUCAAGGCCUGGAAGGCGUCAGCCCUGGUCAGGGCCACUCGGCCGCCAGCUGUGGGUCUGUGGCAAGUUCCUCCCCAGCUGCACCUGACGACUCAUUGUCUUAUUCAGAACACGAGGACAUUAGCUGUGGGGACUUCCGACGGGGCGUGCCACUUGCUGCGGCUGGACAGCAGCAGCAGCAGCAACGCCAACAACGGCAGCAGUAGCGCAGGAGUCACCAUACCCGGCGCGCUGCUGCGCCUCCCCACUCCUCGGCUGAUGCCGGCGCCUCUGUCUGCGAAGCCCUCUGUCUUGCUCGGGCUGCUGCAGCGCCAGCUGGGCCAAGGCCCUUACUCAGCAGCAGCAGCAGCAGCGCGCGCUGCCUUGUCUUUGUCUCGUUUGGUGUAUAGAGCAACGGCGGAUGGAUCGGCGGGGAAGCGGUGCGCUGCAGGAUUCGCUGCUGCGCGCGCAGCAGCAACUGCAGCAGCAGCUGGCGGCGGCGGCGUGGCGUGUCUUAGCCAUCAAGACACAUCUUUGGAGCAGCUGCUGCUCUACGCCUUGCGCAAUGGCUUGUUCGGCGGCUGGGACCUCCGCGUCUCCACUCCUGUCUUCGCUUCACAGACUCCGCCUUGGCUGGGGGCGCCGGCAGCGCAGGCCAUAGGUGCUGACGCCCGCUGGCUGGUGAUUGGGACCACUGGGGGCUUGUUGCUGCAGUUUGACUUGCGCAUGCAGCUUGUCCUCAGAGCGUGGCAGCUCCAGCCCCCAGUGGCCGUCAAGCAGCUGCUGUUUGUGGACCCGUCUGCUGCGGCUGUUGCUCUUAGCAGCAGCAGCCUCGCGACGGGCAGGCCUGCUGCUUUCGAGCAGCAACAAGAUGCCCCAACCUGCUGCAUGCUGGCCCUUGUAGAGCACGCGGCGUUCCCCCUGCUGCUGCUUGACCUGCAAGACGGGGCAGUUAUCAGCGCGUACAACACCUCUUGCUUCGCAGAUAGCACAGCAGCAGCAGCAGCCGCUGCUGCAGAAGGGGCAGGGGAGGCUUCGAAAAGCUUCUCGGUACCCAUGCUGGUUUUGCUGUCCAUGGAGGCGCUGUCUCUGCCAUCUGCAUGCAGUAACAUACUCCAGAUACCACGGGGAGUGUCGGGAUUCUGGGGAGCCGAUGAGGCUCCCCCGCACAUGCCCCGGUAUCUCUGGAUGCCCCCACCUCUGAGAGGCCCUGCUGGCUUCGUUUUAUCUGCUGGGGAAGAUCUCUGUGUCCACUACUGGGAUUUGGCGGAGGAGCGAGCUGUGUUUGCUGCGAAGCUGGGGUACCAGAAGCAAAAGCAGCAGCAGCUGCAGCAGCAGCAAGCAGCAUCUGCAGACAGAGGGGAAACAGCAGGAGCCGCCACGGGAACUUCUCCAGACACCACUUUCUUAGACACAGACCUGGUGCGCUCUUACUGUGUCCUGGGGCCCCCGACUGCAUGCGGAUGCCGGGAAAGAGAUCGUGGUUCAUCACUAAUGGCUUCUCUCACCAUAGGUGGCACCCAUGUGCUGCAGCAAGUUUGCUGUCGCUCCCCACAGGGGCGGCGUUUCCUGCGGCGUGCAUCAGCAGCAGCAGCAGCAGCGAGAGCAACAGCAACAGCUGCUGCUGCGGGCCGAUUAUCUGGCGAGGCGGGGGCCUCGAAAGGGGAGAACUGGGAGGCUCUGCUGGCUGCUGCGGACUUGGGAACGGAAGAAGCUGGUGAGGCUCCCAGAGGGGCAGGCAGUACUUUUGCACGAAAAGGCAGGGACUUGUUAGUGCUGGACAGGAGCAACAGCAAAAGCAGUAGCAGCAGCAGAAGCAGAAGCAAACUCGUCGGCGGGCCUGGGAGCUCCUGCUGCUGCAUGCCGCCUCCCUGUGGCCCGGACUUCGCCUCCUGGUCCCCCGUGUGGGGUGAGGGGGAGGAAGCUGAGGCGCCCCAAGGUUUUGGGGGGCCUUCGCCGAUGCACAGAGACGCUGUCACUGGAAUCUCGGUGAUUGGCCAGGGAGACCUCUUUUUAGUCACAGCGGGAAGAGACGGAGUCGUCAAAAUCUGGUCGUAG